AUGACAUGCCAAUUUGAUUGUACAAAAAUAAAGUAUCCUAAUGAUAUUUUGUAUUUAAAUAUUGGUGGAAAAUAUUAUGAUACUUUUUAUGGUACUUUAGCAACAGGAGAAAGUUUAUUUUUUCAUCAAAUUUUUAGACAUUCUUACAAAAAUAAUGUUAUUUUAGUUAAUGAAAAAAAAAUUAUUAUUGAUAAUGAUGGUAGAUUAUUUAUAGACCGUAAUGGAGAACUUUUCAAAUAUAUUCUUGAUUAUUUUAGAACUGGCAAAAUUAAUACAAUACCAGAAGAUUAUAAUAUGUUGAAAGAACUUUAUAAAGAGGCAGUAUUUUAUCAAAUUUAUGAAUUGGCAUCUCAUGUCAGUUAUGCUAUUAAAAAUUAUCCAAAAUAUGAACCAUAUGACGUUAUUUCAUAUCCAUAUUUAAUAUGUCCAUGUAAAAAUUGUCAUACUGAAAAAUAUGUAUAUAAAGCAAAAAAUGGAUUGAAAAAUGAGAGAUAUGAUCAAUUAAGUACCUUGAAAAUUAAAAAUAACUAUUAA